AUGUCAGUCGCAUUAGAAGACAUACUCACAAAGGACUCUCGCGACUUGUUGCGAAAGGAAGAACUUUCUCAUGAUGACGAAAUCUACGAAGACUCCAAAGAGUUUCCGACGACGAACAUUAGGGUUCUUUUGGUCGACGCAGAUCCCAAAUCUUCAAGUGUCAUGAAGAAUCUCAUGGCACAAUUCUCCUACCAAGUGACGAUUUUUGAAAACGGAGACGAAGCUAUCUCUUUUUUAGUGAACAGUAAGCAUGAGAUCGACCUAGUGAUUUGGGAUUUUCAUAUGCCGGACAUUGAUGGAGUCGAAGCUCUCAAUACCAUUGGUAAAGAGAUGGAUUUACCCGUAGUAAUCACGUCUCAUGACCACAAGAAGGAAACGGUGAUGAAAUCGACGAAGAACGGCGCGUGUGACUUUCUUGUGAAGCCGGUGAGCAGAGAGGUCAUUGCAGUUCUGUGGCGGCAUGUUUACCACAAGGGGAUGUCAAAAUCCGGUUUAGAUUCGGUUGAAUCGUAUCCUGAGGAUCUCUAUCAAAGCAACGAAGAAGGCUCCAAGAACGUUGAAGAUAGCGGAGAACAAAACACUUCCGAUCAGAAAGGAGACAAGUCUUUAACCAAGAAACCGCGGAUGACGUGGACUCCUGAGCUUCACCAGAAGUUUGAAAAAGCCGUCGAAAAAAUGGGCAGCCUUGACAGUGCUGUUCCGAAGCAGAUUCUCAAAUGUAUGCAAGAGGAAAUGAACGUCGAAGGACUCACCAGAAACAAUGUAGCCAGUCAUCUCCAGCGAUUGCGAUGGCAGAAGUACCGUCUAAACAACGAGAAGAACCCAAGCGUUCCCAAGGAAACUCGAGAAGAUUCAGGCUGGCGUAACGCAGUACAAAACAUCACUCUCACGGCUGCGAAACCGCUACUGAACCAGAGCUUGAAUCUCCACAACAGAGUGCCCUAUUUCACGAACCAUCAAGCCGCAGCGAACGCACCGUUGCAGUAUCCAACGACCAAUUACGUGACGAUGAACAACAGACACUUCAUGAACAACCCUUACUAUGUUGACCCGUUUCCCCAGCCGCAGCAGUUACAGCAGCCGCAGUAUUACCAGCCGUCUCCUCAGAUACCGUCGGUGACAACCAAGCCAGAGCCUGCGUACGUGUCAUCAGCCAUGGAAAACUCGGGCGGUCUCGUCUAUCCUCCAGAUUUGCCCUACAAUUACGGCGAGCAUCUCCUAUCCGAUUACUCCAAUUUCGAUCUCUCGUAG